CGCGGGAGAUCCUUCUCCCCUACUAGCGAAUAGCCAACCCUAACCUAAUCGCGCCCGGAGAGGUGAGAGAUGAUGUUCGUGCUUGCGCCAUUGCUCUUCUUCCUGGCAUCGCUGCCUCGAUUGUCCCUCGCCGCUGACGCCAUUCUCCCCAGCGCCGAGGUGUCGCGAUUCUUGGAAGAGCAUGGCCUUCCCGGCGGUCUUCUCCCCAAUCUGGUCACCAGCUACUCGCUGCGCGACAACAAUUCCACAUUCGUCGUCCAUCUCCAGCACGAAUGCUACCACCGCUUCGAGAAUCUGGUGUGGUAUGGCACUACCAUCUCUGGGAAGCUGGGCUAUGGCAAGAUCGAGAAUCUAUCGGGGAUCCAGGCCAAGGAGUUCUUCCUGUGGCUGGGAGUGACGGGAAUUCGCGUGGAUGAAUCCAACCGAGACUAUAUCUACUUUGAGGUGGGGAUUGUGUCUAAGAGGCUGCGCGCAUCGCUCUUUCGAGAUCCACCAUCGUGCUCAAAGUCUAGUGGCUCUCUUGUGGAUCUACACGAGGCAAUCUAGAGUUUUAGUUCCUGUCUACGUAUAAGCGCUCUUUCAAGAGCCUCCAUCGUGCUCAAAGUCUAGUGGUUCUCUUGUGGAUCUAGAUAAGGCAAUCUAGAGUUUUGGUUCCUCGUGUUCUUCGUGUUCUAUGUAUCUUUUUGUUAUUAAGAUAAUUCGAAGUGUCACACUCCUGGUGUU